AUGGAGGAGCUCCUCUUCGCAGAUGGUACCGCAAAUAAACAUCAAGAUGAUUCACGAACUCCUCGCCUAUUACGGUUAGUGAAAGGACACAAAACCCCACCUGAGUACAAGUCGAGCAACAAUCUUCGAGCCAGUCGUGAUCUAGGAUACUUCGCAAGUACUUCGUCAAAAGUAACCUUGCACACUGAUUUGCCUUCAGCGGACUCCGUGUCAGUACAUCCGCUCGCCUUGCACAAUAAGUCCAAGUACAAAUGA